CAGGAGAACCAGUACUUGGCUUGAGCCACACCAGGUCAAACCCUCAACCAUCAGGUACAUCCACAGUGAUUUUCUUUCAGAAGUGAUAGUGCGAUUUCUAUACUAUGGAGGAAAGGAUGGCUGGUCGGAUUGUUUGGGCCUAUGGCGUGGUGAUAUGUGGCUACCAGCUAUUGUGUCCCGCUCAGCGCUUGUUAGCCGCUGCGAUGCCAACAGCUAUCACAGUGGAUAAUGAGACCCUAUACCACCAGGCUCCAGAGAAUGCUAGUCUGGCGACGGGAGCUAUCUCUGUGAAUAAUGAGACCGUAUACGACCAGACUCAAGGGAAUUCUAGUCUGAAUUUAGAAGCUAUCACUCCGAAUAAUGAGACCGUAUACGACGAAAUUCAGAGGAAUGCUAGUUUAGCGUCGGGAGUUAUCUGGCAGAUUACCGAAACCGCUGGAAACGAAAGCACCGAAGAUCCUGGUGGCAUCCUCUUCAGAGGCGGAUGGACUUCCAAGACCCAGAACUCAAACUUAUAUCUGGAGACUGAUGAGGGUUGGCUCAACAGUGGUAUUAUAUCCCAGGACGCCUCCAUACCUUACAGAGGCGCUGCUGUAUCUAACAGACUAGGGAACGGCACAGAGGAAUGGAAAGAUCUCUUGGUGAAACCUGAAGCUCACGCCCAAGGUAAGCGAGGUCGGGUGUCAAAGGUACUGUUCAACGAAAGGAGAGAUAUUCCGUUUCAGUUUCAUUGGCAAGUCAACCCCAAAAGAUUCUACAAUAGCUCCGAAGCUCCGUGACGUCAAUGGGAUCCUUGUUAUGCUCAUAAAAUAAUAUUUUAUUUAUUUUUAAUAUUUAGAAAAAGUUAUAUGAAAAAUUGGAACGAAUAAAGACUUUAUUUAUUUUAUCGAGUUUGUCAGUAUACGAAAAGAAAGCAUGUAUAUGUGUUUAAAAAAAAGAUAAAUAAAUAUUUUGUCAUUCAAUAAAAAAUAAUAAAUUUAUUUAAGCUAAGUAUUAUUUAUUACUGGAUCCAUUUUUAUUUAUUAAAUAUAAUUGUUAAAAAGUGGAUAUGUUAAACUACAUUUGGUGGAAAAAUAAAUAAUGAUUUAUAUUAUGCUUUUAUUUAAUGAUAUGUGAAAUAUGCAAGGUGUCCCGUACUGGUACUAGGAGGGAGGGGAUAAUCCGGUAAGUGGGC